AGUGACACAGUCUACAGCAGGCUACUAGAGUAACAGGGAAAGAUAACUAUACACAAGGGUUACUCAAAAUGGACAAAAUACAGUUUACUUUUCCCUGUCUGAUUGUCCUUUUGGGUCUGGUCCUGGCUUCUGCCACCACAACCCAGACACAGCCAGUCAACCCCACUGUAACCCAGUCCACCUCAGCCUCCAACCCAGCCAACGACACAGACACUCCAGGACAUACCACGGCUGUAGACAACAAUGAUUUAACAUUAUCCGCCAUAACCCCAAGCCUUCCUGAUCUCAUUUUUGAUAACGUCCCUAUAAUCAAUUCCACCGGGAGGCCUAACCACACGGUAACCACACCCCUGAAGACCAGUUCAGAUGCAUCUCCAGGACCUACAUCCUGGCCCUCACCAAUGGACGUCUCUACAUCAAAGCCCCCAGCAGAGGCCAGCAGCACAACUGCUAGCACAACUGCUACUAGCACCACCAAGAAUACAGGUUUGGCGGGAACUGCUCAACCAAAACCCUCUGCUCGAAAAUCGCCCCACAUUGGAUUGAUCAUCUUUAUUGUGAUCAUCAUCCCUGCCUGUGUGCUUGGAGCAGCAUGCUUCUUUACAAAGAAGACAUCAAGGAGGUACUCCGUAGAUCUCCGAGACAGGCAUGAGGAUCUGCCUCUGAGUACUGCGGAUCCUGACGCUGUGUUUGACAACUCCUCAACACAGAAGGGGAUGGACACCUUUACCGCCGUGGAGCUCAACAGCACCGAGGUCCUGGUUAAGGGAAGUGAGGGAGAAGGAGCAGAUAGUGAGAAAAUCUCUGACUACCCACCGCCUGCCAGCCCUGUGGACAAACCUGAUGAUGGGGCCCCUGGAGAUGUGGCCCCUGAGGCCCCAGUGGGGGAGACUGAUGACGAGAACACUGUUUCCAAUAAGACCUCAGUGGAGUCAGUGGAGGCCAACGAGAACAGCAACAACAACACCAUCACCACCGCCAGGAUCGUUGGACGGGCCAUGACCAGCAGCUUCUCUGAGGUUCCUCUGGACAACCCGGCCUAAAAGAGAUCCUCCUUUAUCUGCAGCCCCUUCACAACCACGACUGAAGAAAAAACGUGAAGUAGAAGGUAAAUUCAUCGGAAACGCCUGAAAACAAAGUAUUUCUUUCAAUUCAUAUUAUAUAGGCUAGUUGAUUAAGUUGAUGUUUUCUCUGUCUAUAAACAAUUUAACUAUUGUUGUCUUUUAUAUCUCAGGAUAACCUAUGGAAAUGCUAAGUAAAAUUUCACAAAUGCUAUGUUUAUAUUCUGGUACUUUUAUUAUACUGUAUUUUUGUUAUCAAGGCCUUCGGAGUUAAUAAGCCUAAUUUUGAUUCAUUCAUUUAAAUUCUAAACAUAUGCCCUGCGUCACAGGGUCCAUGUCUCUUGUGUGUGUAUAUAGUAUAGAUAGGAAGUAUGUCUUUAGGGAAGAGUAGCAGUGUCAGAAUGUGUUCAUGUUGUUAUUCGGAUUUACUUAGGAUUUAUACCAUGGCAUUGUUGAAUACUGAUUUCUGAUUGGCUUGGUCCCGUGUGGCUCAGUUGGUAGAGCAUGGCGCUUGCAACGCCA